UAUGAACUCCGAGUCUGUAAUGAGUCAAUAUGGCGUCCGAGUGGAAACGUUUUCUCGAGGAAGAAGGAUAUGAAAAGUUUAAAGAGGCAAUGCGUCUCUCAGACGAAGAUUCAAAAGAUGAUCCAGAAGAUGACCCAUUUAGAUCGAAAUAUAGAUCAAGAGAAAUUCUCUUGGAAGUAAAAGAAAAGCUAAAACCCCACCUAGAGAAGUUUCGAGAACAAGACCAGGAACUUGUAUUUCUUGACUGUGUCAUUGAUCUGAGACUAGGCGUUAACUACAUCGACACAGAAGAACUGCAUUCAGGAGAGGAAUACCUAAUAAAAGUUAUAGAGUGUACUGAAAAAUACAAACUUGACAAAAACGCUGCUGACAUAUAUUUGCAUGCCUUAAACAACCUAGGAAUACUGUGGUUUGGGAGAAGGAAUCCUGAAAAAGCCCUUUCUUAUUUGCUGAAAGCUGAAGAACUCUACUUCCAAUAUAAGAAAGAAGUUGACGGACCACCUAAGUUUGUGGCUGAAUAUUUGAAAUCUACUGAAGAUGAAAAAGAAAAGUUAGAGCAUCUGAGAAAUGCAAACUUUGAAAACUCCUACACCCAUACCCUGUACUAUAUGGCUCAGGUUUAUGCAAAGCUAGACGAGAGUGAGAAAUCUGCCCUAUGCUGUCAUAAAACCUUACAGAGACAGCUGGAUGCCCACAAAUACACUCCAUUAGAUUGGGCAAUAAAUGCUGCAACACUCUCUCAAUAUUUUGUAACAAAAGAUGAAUAUCCUCAGGCUCGGCAUUGUCUAGCAUGUGCAGAGGUUAUAUUUGAGGAGAUACAAUUUAGUGAAAACGAAAAUGUUUCAGAAGAUGAAAAGGAAAAAGUUCAACAGGGUAAAGCAGACAUACAGAGAUGUUGGGCCAAGUAUGGACUUGCAUUGCUGGAGUUCUCUAAAGAUCGCCUCUUAAAAGCAACAGAGGAAGAUACUCCCUUAGAUCCUGAUGAAUCUGAAAAAGAAUUUGAGAAAUUUAACCUUGAAGUUACUUCACGUGAAGAGCAAAUCACUUGCAAACCAGUUCGAGAUUUUGAAGAAGCAAGGAAUGUGUUCUUACGAGUGCAAACUUGGAUAAGUGGAGCAAAAGAGUUUUAUGUAUUUGAUGGCCGAUGUACAGAUUAUAUAGAGCUUGUUCAAGAUCACAGCAAAGCUUUUAAGCUUCUGGCAUUCUUUGAACUUAAUCUGGAUCGUCAGUGCAAGAUGCACAAGAGAAGAGCAGACAUGUUGUUGGAGGUGUGCAAUGAACUAAACCCUCAGCAUUAUUUGCUGAUAGUCCGCCAGCUAAUUUAUGAAUUGGCAGAAAUUUACAGUGGAAUAAUGGACAUUAAAUACAUGAUUUUGAAGGAAGAGGGGGGACAACCUUCAAUCCAUGCAAUAAAGAAGAUUAACAGCUUGGCUCUUCAGAGCAUUCAAAAAUACCAAGCAUAUAUUGAUUCUUUCAAGGACAACAAACCAGAUCUUCCAGAUGAAUACCCAGAACUUGAUACCAGGCCGAUACUUGUAGCCUGGUUCUGCAUGGGAAGACUAUAUUCAAAGAUUUUACCAUUAAAUGUAAGAGAGAGGCUGGACAACAUCAAGAAAACUGAGGCAUGUUACCAGUAUAUUAUAGACUAUUGUAAGAGGCAUCACAAAGCUGCCGAGUGCAUGCGCGCUGAACUGGAAGUUUGCGAGGAGAUGGUGGCACUGCUGCCACUUAAAAUGGAAAAAAUAAGACAAGAAGCUGAAAUUUAAUGAGAAUAAAUACUCAACAUUAAUGUAUAUCAAUUUUAACCAAAAAUCUUGAGAGUCAAUUUGUAAUCUAUUGCAGGUUUAAAUUAUUUAUAGGCAAUAUUUAUUUUUCAUGUGCUUGAUUAAAGGUGAUGUAAAAAGACCAAAA